ACGCGAUUUUCGAACCAAAUGUCAUUGACUUUGUCAAACAGCUUGUUGAAAAAUCUUUAGACUACAUACCCGAAAUUUAUAGAUCUCUUUGCCACAGUUAUAAUGGCGAACCUUCAAAGAUUCAAUUGAUUAGUGAUCUUUAUGAUGAAUUUGUUAGUUCGGAUACGCAACCCAAGGCCGAAUCAGUGUGUCAAGAUGCGUUGAAGAAAAUGCUUUUGGAGAGAUACGAUGUUGUAAAGAUUGAUGAAGUGGCAAAAUCCACGACGGAGGUCCGGUUUAUUUGUAUUCUGUUUCCACUAAUUCAAUCGCCAUACUGGAGACAGGUCAUCUAUGAGUUGUCAGAGAAAUAUCCCGAAAGUUACUUUUUAAAUCUUCUGAUUCAGCGCAUUGCAGAAAAAGGUUACAUCAGCGAGAUCAAGCACCUCAAAGCAGCAGCGACAUAUAUAGAAGUAUAUUCUAAGGUCUUGUUGGAUCAACUUGAUAAUUUAAUCCAAAUGGACGAAGCCGGGGUGCAAAAACAUUUGCCAGAUUUAAUUCGAACUGCCAGUCUGCAUCCACAUUCUUAUCUAUUUGUUCAAACUUUGAUCAAGAGGUUGUCUCAAGAGCCAAAGGGAUAUCCAUUAAGAAGAUUGUCCAAGGAAUUAGAGAAGGGAGUUAAUAAACUAGGAUCAGAUCUCAUUCCUAAUUUAAGAAGCUUAAUAGCCGCACCACCAAGUUUUAUUAGUUCGUCGAUCUUAUACAUUCCUCCUACCCCUGGAGAUGUGGUCGCGGAAUCACCACCCUCACCUAUAUAUUUGCGGGACUCUGAAUUACUAUAUUGGCUCUUAAACAAUGUAUUUGUGCCAUCUGAUCAAAACAAAAACAUUAAAUGGGAUCUCAAGGAAAAAUAUCUAUAUCUUGCGGCUUUCGCUUCAUCUGCAAAGGAAACAGUAAAUGGAGAGAUUGACAGCAGCAAAGUCAACACAACAUUUGAGACACUUAAAAAACUAGCGGGCACGUUGUCAAAAAAAAGCGCUACGGGUUCAGAAUUUAAUUCGAUCGUUCCAGAUCUAUUAGUAUAUAUCGAUACGCCAAUUGCGUCAAUGGCCACAAUUUUUUGGAUAAAAUAUCUGCUGAGAGAAACUUCAUUCUAUGAGAAACAUUUUAAAGCGAACGAAAUCGCAUUUAGACACCCGUAUCAACGGGGACACGUUUUUAAUGCGUACAAGGCGGACCUGGAGGCAGGUCAUAAACUCACUCCAGAGGUUAUGACAGCUUUGAAGAAACAGUUGUUGGAUCGUAUGAUAUUCAUGAUUUCAACUGGGUUCGUGAUGCAGGUGUUGAUGUACAUCGAGAAAAAUAUAAACAAAUUGGACGAAAAAUUAGUUCUUAAAAUGACAUCACCAACAUAUUCUCCAGAAUUCUAUAGUACAAUGCUAAGACUAAUCGAGCCAAUCAACGUCGUACUAGAGGCGGGUCUGGAAACAC